AUGAGCACCGUCCUCACUGGUCGCGCCGCAAAGGCGAGCAAUCCUAAUAGCCGCACCUAUGGCGCUGUUGACUCCGCGCAGCCAGUCGAAUUAAUCCAGAGAAGCGACGAUAAAGACCCAGCGACUCUCAGCACCACCUCUAUAUCCUCCGACCUGGCCUCACUCGCCGAUCCCAGCAAAGAACAGCGAUUCUGGAUCACUAGACUCUUUAACAGAACAAAGUCCGGAGAUAACGGCCUUGAUCUCGACUCAAUCGCAACACAGCCAUCAGUCUUUGACUCGCCCGAGACAGCGAAAGAAUACCAGCCGCGUCCGGACUGGGAGAAUCUUCACCGCUUCGACCCUUCGUUCCGCUGGACAUGGCGCGAAGAGUAUGCGUUGAUUCGGAAAAUUGAUGUGCGGAUCCUGAUUUUUACGUGUGUCAUGUUCAUGGCGCUGGAACUGGAUCGGGCAAAUAUCUCGCAGGCGUUGACGGAUAAUUUCUUGACGGACUUGAAAAUGAAUACGAAUGAUUAUAAUCUGGGAAACACAGUAUUCAAACUCGCCUUUUUAUGCGCCGAGCUGCCCUCACAGCUCGUGAGUAAAUGGGUUGGCCCGGAUAGAUGGAUUCCAGCGCAGAUGAUUCUGUGGUCGAUUGUCGCCUGCGCGCAAUACUGGAUGAGCGGGCGAACGUCGUUUUUGGCGUGCAGAGCACUGUUGGGCAUUCUCCAGGGCGGUUUUAUUCCUGAUGUCAUCUUAUAUCUUUCGUACUUUUACAAACACCACGAGCUCUCUAUUCGACUCGGCUUCUUUUGGACAGCCAUGUCAAUUGCGGAUAUAUUAGCUGGGUUUUUGGCCUUUGGCCUGCUGCAUAUGCGCGGUGUAUUGGGUCAGGCUGGAUGGAGGUGGCUAUUUCUCAUCGAGGGCCUGAUCACUCUCGUCGUCGGAAUUCUCGCUACUGUGCUCAUGCCCGCUGCACCGACCAAGACUGCAAGCUGGUUCCGCGGCAAAAAGGGCUGGUUCACCGAACGCGAGGAGAAAAUAAUCAUAAACCGAUGCAUCCGCGAAGAUCCAUCCAAAUCCUCCAUGCACAACCGGCAACCCAUCACCCCAAAACUCCUCCUCAAAUCGCUCGCCGACUACGACCUCUGGCCGCUAUACAUAAUCGGACUGAUGUUCCAGAUCCCCAUGACCACGCCAACCAACUACCUAACCCUCUCCCUCAAGGGCAUCGGUUUCAGCACAUUCCAAACCAACCUGCUCACCAUCCCAUACAACGUGCUGCACAUCAUCCUAAUGCUCACGCUCACCUAUGCCAGCGAGCUCACGGGGCAGUUGAGUCUGACCUCGGUGGUCGGUCAGAUCUGGGCACUCCCGUUUCUGGUGUAUUUGUAUGUCGUUGAUAUCAAUAGUAUUAAUAAGUGGGUGGCGUGGACGGUCAUGACGCUUUUGCUCGGUUAUCCAAACGCACACCCAAUCCAAGUAGGCUGGAACUCCAGGAACUCAAACACCGUGCGCUCGCGCACCGUCUCGGCAGCCGUGUACAAUAUGAGCGUGCAAGCAGGUGGAAUCAUUGCAUCGAAUAUCUACCGCGCGGACGACGCGCCGCGGUACAAGCGUGGUGAUCGGGUGCUUGUGAUUCUUGUUUGUGUAAACAUCGUAAUUUACUUGCUGACGAAAGUUUACUAUGUAUGGCGGAAUAAGUCUAGGGAUGGGAAGUGGGAUGCUAUGAGCGAGACGGAGAAACUGAGGUAUUUGGAGACGACGAAGGAUGAGGGGAGUCGGAGGUUGGAUUUUCGGUUUGCCAAUUAA